GUUCUUGUCGUUCUCGUCUUGAUCAUGGAUCUUGAUCUAGCUGAGCUUUGACCCUACAAAAAGUUUUGAAGUUUUUGAAGGAAAAUAAAGGAAUCCGGAAAAUUUAAAGUGAUAAUUCUAUCAAAAUAAAUUGGACAGCUUUCUUGAGUGCCAAAAACUUAAGUAAAUAAACUAAUUCGAAUACAUUUUUUAUUUUUAGUCGUACAAACCGAAUUGAACUUGACAUUAGUAAAAAAGCAAGAAAUCUGGAUUUUUGCUCAGGGGUGAUCACGUGAAGAGAUUUGGUAGCUUUUUGGACGUUUCGAGAAUAUGGAAGCUUUUAAUAAUUCCAAAAGCUACGCAUCUGCUAUGUUUAGUGGCGCCCAGUCUUUUUUUAUAGCAUGAGUAAUUUCAGGCCUUUGUGAUAGUUCUGGAUAGGGCGAUGCUCAAAAUAUUUCAUGCUAUCAAAUCUCUUGUCACCGGUCUGCUGCUCUCUGCCUUGCUGGGGGCUUUGUGAGUUUUGACCUCGUGGUUUGCUGGGUGGGGCUAGGAUAUAUAUUAAUUGAUAUUAAUCUUCGUCGCAAAGCAAUUCACAUUUUUCGCAAACAUGUUUGGAGCUUCAAGACAACAGCCCAUUCUUGUGCUGAGUCAGAACACAAAGAGGGAAAGUGGGAAGAAGGUUCAGCUAGAAAACAUAUCUGCAGCAAAGACCAUCGCCGAUGUGAUCCGCACGUGCCUGGGCCCGCGGGCCAUGCUCAAGAUGCUGAUGGACCCGAUGGGCGGCAUCGUCAUGACCAACGACGGCAACGCCAUUCUGCGCGAGAUUACGGUGCAGCACCCGGCGGCCAAGUCGCUCAUCGAGAUCGCGCGCACACAGGACGAGGAGGUCGGCGACGGCACGACGUCGGUGAUCGUGCUGACCGGCGAGAUGCUGGCCGUGGCCGAGCCGUUCCUGGCGCAGCAGAUGCACCCCACCGUCAUCAUUAAGGCCUACCGGCGCGCCCUAGAGGACCUCGUUCACAUACUCGAGGACAAAAUUAGUGUGGAGGUGGACACCACGGACCGGAGCGCAGUGCUGGCCAUCAUCAACUCGUGUCUGGGAACAAAGUUCCUCGGCAAGUGGGCAGACAUGGCCUGCAACAUGGCUCUCGACGCCGUGCAGACGGUCAAGCUGGACGAGGACGGCCGCAGUGAGAUCGACAUCAAGCGCUACGCCAAGGUCGAAAAGAUCCCGGGCGGCACCAUCGAGGAGUCGCAGGUGCUGCGCGGCGUGCUAGUCAACAAGGACGUCACCCACCCCAAGAUGCGGCGGCGCAUCGAGAACCCGCGCAUCAUGCUGCUCGACUGCACGCUCGAGUACAAAAAGGGCGAGAGCCAGACUAACAUCGAAAUGAUGAAGGAGGAGGACUUCACAAAGAUCCUCGAGCUGGAGGAGCAGUACAUUCAGAAGCUGUGCAACGAAAUCAUCAAACUGAAGCCGGAUGUGAUUUUCACCGAGAAGGGCAUCUCCGACCUCGCCCAGCACUACCUAGUCAAGGCGGGCAUCACGGCCAUCCGUCGCGUGCGGAAGUCGGACAACAACCGGAUCGGCCGGGCGUGCGGCGCCACCGUGGUGAACCGGACCGACGAGCUGCGAGAGGACGACAUCGGCACUGGCGCCGGACUGUUCGAGAUCAAAAAGAUCGGCGACGAGUACUACACGUUCAUCACCGAGUGCAAGGACCCCAAGGCGUGUACCAUCAUGCUGCGCGGCGCCAGCAAAGACAUCCUCAACGAGGUGGAGCGUAACCUGCAGGACGCCAUGCACGUGGCGCGCAACGUGCUCUCCAAGCCGCGCCUGGUGCCGGGCGGCGGCGCGGCGGAGAUGGCCGCCGCCACGCUGCUCACCCGCCAGGCCACCGGUAUCAAGGGCGUGCAGCAGUGGCCGUACCGGGCGCUGGCGCAGGCGCUGGAGGUGAUCCCGCGCACCCUGGCGCAGAACUGCGGCGCCAGCACGAUCCGCACGCUGACCGCCCUGCGCGCCAAACACUCGACCGAGGGUAACGCCACGUGGGGCGUGAACGGCGAGACGGGCGAGCUGGUCGACAUGAAGGAGCUCAAGGUGUGGGAGCCGCUGGCCGUCAAACUGCAGACAGUCAAAACGGCCGUGGAGACGGCCAUCCUGCUUCUCCGCAUCGACGACAUCGUCUCCGGCCUGAAGAAGAAGGGAGACGGCGCCGGCGGGGCCGGCGGCGCGCCCGCCGGCGUGCCCGAGCAGUGACGUCACUAACUCGCUCUCCGCUGACGUCACCGCUCACGCCCCGCCCCCCGCCGCGCGCAGCACUAAUGGUCUCUGGACUGCAGCGACGGCUGCGUGUACACCGUUCGCGCCUUUGAUUGUAAUUGCCACUCAUUAUUAAUGUUCCGCCCAAUAAACCACGUAAUUCGCCA